AUGAAGCAGCGUCAUGGCAUGCUGGAUGACCCCUUGUGUCAUAUCAUCCUAAUAAAUGACAUUGUCCGUGUUGGUUUUGAUCAGGCCUCCAGCCCAGCAUGCACAGAAUUGGAAAUGAAUGUGAUGGACUGGUUGUGUAAAGCACUGGGGCUCCCCUCCUUCUUCUUGCAUCACCAUCCUGACAGCAUUGGUGGAGGCAUACUGCAGAGUACAGUCAGUGAGAGUACACUGGUUGCUCUGCUGGCUGCCAGGAAAGACAAAAUCUUGCAGCGCGGCCUGAGCUCGAAGGACGUGGACGACUCGGUCCUAAAUUCAAGACUGGUGGCCUACGCUUCAGAUCAGGCUCAUUCCUCGGUUGAGAAGGCAGGUCUGAUCUCUCUGGUGAAGAUCAGGUUUCUGCCCACUGAUGAGCAGCUGUCUCUGAGAGGAGACACUUUGAAACAAGCCAUACAAGAAGACAGGAGGAGAGGACUGGUCCCUUUCAUGCUGUGUGCAACUUUGGGGUCUACAGGAGUGUGUGCCUUUGACAAUCUGUCUAAACUGGGACCAGUUUGUGCAGAGGAAGGACUGUGGCUCCAUGUUGAUGCUGCGUACGCUGGCUCAGCCUACCUCUGUCCUGAGCUCCGCUGGUCCUUGGAGGGCAUUGAUUUGGCUGACUCUUUUGUCUUCAAUCCCUCCAAGUGGAUGAUGGUCCAUCUUGACUGCACAGCUUUCUGGGUAAAAGAUAAAUAUAAGCUCCAACAGACAUUCACUGUUGAUCCUGUUUACCUCAGACAUGACAACUCGAAGGCAGUCGUGGACUUUAUGCAUUGGCAAAUUCCUCUCAGCCGACGUUUCCGUUCUCUCAAACUCUGGUUUGUUAUGCGCUCCUUUGGACUGAAAAACCUCCAGGCUCAUAUCAGACAUGGGGUUGAGAUGGCAAAGCUCUUGGAGUCUCUCAUAAAGAGUGACCCACAUUUCGAGAUUCCUGCUGAGAGGCACCUUGGCCUGGUUGUGUUCUGUCUGAAAGGAGGAAAUGCUUUGACCCAGGAGCUGCUGAGGAGACUGACCCAGUUGGGUACCAUGUACCUCAUCCCUGCAGACAUUCACACCAAGCGCAUCAUCCGAUUCACGGUGACCUCGCAGUUCACUACCGCAGAGGACAUCCUUAAGGACUGGAGCAUCAUCUCCAAAAUGGCUUCCACUCUUCUGGCUGAGACACAGGCUCUGAAUGAUGCAGACACACCAAAAUCAGGGAAAGAUGAGGUGAUAGAAGAAAACCAAGACGCUGACUCAGACACCAGAGGCCUUUCCCAUUUCUGAAUUUAUACAGCUCGAUUCCUCUCCUCGACUCCUCUCCUCGCGUCUUAGUCACUCCUACUGGAGAUACGAGCGGUAGAGGCGAGGAAGAGACACGAGGAGAGAGGAAGCGAGGAAAUAUGUUUUUAGAGACAUGAGACGUCCUUCCCUCUGAAGCGUCACAUGAAGCAACGUCCGUUUCUGAUGACAGCAGCAGCUGAUCACAGCUGGAUCAGUUGUCAGUCGGCUUUAACAACUGUUUUUGUCUGAACUGUACUAAUACUAAUAAAGAGACACAGUUAUUACUGGCAGAGCAGCAGUGUUUUCUCUCUGUAGCCUGUUACCUGUUUAACAAAAAUGCACAUGAAUAACAGUCUGCAGUCUGUAUUUAUACUGUGGACUGUCCUGCUUAGAGGCUCAGGAACUGUUUCUACUGGCACAAUGCCCUUAUAUUAUUUAUUUAUUUUUAGCGUCUGUAGUCAUUUAUAUUCUGACACUAGAAAUUGUUAAUUAGGCUAAUUGUUUGAGGGGAAAAUUGAAAUUAUGUAACUCCUAUCAAACCAGACGCUCAGGAAUAAUCAGCCUCACAUGUGACUGAAUGGAAAUGAGGAUAAGUGAUGUAAAAGGUGUAAAAGACAGACCCUCAUUCUCUCUCUGACUUUAACUGUAUCCUUAAUAAAAGUUAAUGUGGGAAAUAACAGAUUAUGAAAAGAAAAAUCUUUCUAAUAAUUGAAGAAAGUUGUUUGACUUCUAUUAGUUGUCAUGUUUUAUAAAGCCCUUUCAGUGGCAGGCUGCUUCAGCCGCGGUGUGUGAAGCAGAGAUACUGCAGGUCCUU